AUGGCCCCUGGAUUGGUGGAAGCUACUGGCGUCCAGACCUUGGAUAGACCUGUCAAGCUCUCUGUGUUUCCCGAUGGAUUUAAAACUUCCGGCCAGCAUCCCCCUAUAUAUUCACAAGUUCGGCCCUAUGCCGAUUUCCCGAAAAUCCAUACCGGGCCUACACUGUGGAAAGCCGAGGAUUAUCGCGAGAACCCUGAUCUUUGGACGCAUCAGUUCACCGAAGAAGAGGUCGCGGAGAUUAGCGAUGCCACAGAUCAGUUUAUAAAGAGUGGAACACCUUUGACCGGAAUAUCGAAGGCAAAUUUCCACUUGCCUAAUUUGUCUGAGCGGAUGGAGAAUCUCCGGCAAGACUUGAUUAAUGGCAAAGGAUUCUAUCGUUUCAGAGGACUUCCUGUCCAGGAGUGGGAUCUCCAGAAGUGUGCAACAGCAUAUAUGGGCCUCGGCACAUACUUGGGCUACUUUGUCAGUCAAAACGGCCGUGGUCAUGUCUUAGGUCACGUCAAGGAUUUGGGAGAAGAUCCGACCAAAACUGACAGAGUUAGAAUCUACCGAACGAAUGCUCGUCAAUACUUCCACACAGAUGGAUCGGACAUUGUUGGACUCCUUUGUAUCGCCAAAUCCUUUUCUGGCGGAGAAUCUGAUAUCGUAUCCACGCACCAUGUAUUCAAUGUACUUCAGGAGAGACAUCCUGAUGUAACAGAGACACUAUGUGAGCCAAAUUGGUACUUUGACCGAAAGGGUGAGUUAUCCGAAGGCGAAGAAAACUGGAUUCGAGGUAGCGUGUUCUACCUCGAAAAUGACACCGGAAACUCCACACCACGAGUCUACGCCCGGCUCGAUCCGAACAACGUGACCUCGCUGGCGCGUUUCAACUCAGGGCCUGAUGCACGCAUACCCCCUUUGUCUGAUAAACAAAAAUACGCCUUGGAGGUAUUUGAAAAGACUUGUGCUGAGCUAUCGCUGCACAUGAUUCUUGCUCCGGGUGAUAUUCAAUUCCUGAGCAAUUCACAUGUUUUCCAUGCACGAACCGCCUAUACGGAUCAUCCAGCAGGCGCGGUUGAUGAGAAUGGCCGGCCAGCACGACGUCGGCAUUUGAUGCGACUCUGGCUGUCGGCCCCGGAAUCAGAAGGAGGGUGGAAGCUGCCGUACCACGAUUCUUUGGAGAAGAAACGAGGAGGCAUCCAGGUCAAUGAUACUCCUCCUGUCUGUCCCUUGGACGCGGAAUGA